AUGCCUGGGUGUCAACCUGACGAGGAUGCGCAACACAUAGUGGCGAAACCUUCCAGUCCCCGCUUGCUGAUGCCUUCUAGACCCCUGAGUGACAUCCAGGAAAGCUGGGAGGAUCGAGAGAACGCCCCACCGGCUGCAACGUGGACGCCUUUGGCGAAACAUCUGCCGGCAGACGGCACGGCUGCUCCCAGUGACGGUGAGGUGGCCUCCAACACGCUUGUUCGGAAAACCGCGCGCAAGGGUUCGGAAUAUUCCGGUGUAUCAGGUUGCAUCUUCACGACGGCAGGAAGCACCACUAGCGCCGGAGUUUCCGAGUGCGGCGAGUCCACGGAGCGCACGGCUCUCGCUGAAGCGCGCCCAGUAGCUAGCCUGUCGACGAACGCUGGCGCCGUUCCGGGAACCCCAGCAUCGCCUGUUGCCGCGGAGGCGUCGAAACACUCUGAAGUUAACGUUCGACCAGACAAAGGAGACGCAGCGGCUUUCGACCAGCUGCUUCAAACAGAAGCACGAACAGCAUCGCCGGCCGGCGCGGCGCAGGCGCAGGCGCGGCAACCUACACCGCCAGCGAGGCAUACAGCGGAAACGAGCGCUACUUCUCAGCUCGCAUGGCGAGAGAACGAUACGUCGAGAACGAGCCUAAUCCGGCCCGACUGGGCUGCUCCUGAUGAGUCGACACUUGACGGACAGCAGUCAGCACGCGAUAGUCUACGCGGUGCGCGCACACCAGCGACACGUCGGCUCUCCGGUGGUGUGCGGACCACCAAGAGUCGCAUGCAGCAUCGUCGCUCCAGUACUGCAGCGAAUACGCAACUACCAGUACCGAGAAUGGUUACCAACGAAGACAAGAGCGAGGCAGGGGUGCCAGCAUCCAGGCAAGGCUCUGGCGCAGAGCCUCGCGCAUUGCAGCAGGACACGUCGCCAGCGCAAUUGCCUUCAUCCGAACGAGCUGCUGGGACACAGGGCGCCCAGCGUUUACCAGCCACUACAUUUCCGUGGAAUGCAAAUGGCACAAUACAAGCAGCAGAGGCCACGCGUGCCUUCGAGGAAUACCGUGCUAGCGUCGCAGUCCAGUUAGAUGCCGCCGAACGGCUGGUCGAACGUUACAAGAGCGAAAACGAACAGCUGCGACAGCAGCUUGACCAUGCAGAAGUGGCGAAACUGCGCCAACGGGUCGACGAUCUCGAGCGCACCCGAACAGACCAACAGCUGCGAUAUCUCGAACUGCAGAAGCAUGCGAUUCAGCUAGAAGCUGACCUCGCGCGAGAACGUCUCGCACUCGAGCGCGAGCGAUCACAACUCGCCCAGCUCGAAAACGACGCCGCACCAGCAGCAGCGCUUUUCCAACUAUGUUCUGGGGCGACCCAGGUGAAACCCAUACGCGUUCGCUACGAGUCCACGGGUACAACGCCAGAGACCGAAGCCAAACUCCCCGGGAACACACCGUCCACAGCGAAUCGUCCACAGGCCAUUUGGCUUAACGGCUACCAAAUACUCCUAGAAAAUAGCGCCUUGCAACGAAGAGCUCUCUUUCAACUCGUUCUCGAUGACUCGGGCGAUGUCGAAUACACGCCCCUGGAACUGAUGCUCGGCGACGCCGCCACCGAUGCACCAGACUUUCUCCAGGAGACCAUCUACUUUCCGCGAAACGAGUUGCCCCUGUUCUGGCUGCGACUCGUUGGCGUUCUCUUUUAA